CUUCCAAAUUGCAGAGAUAAUAUGCCUGUCAGUAAACCAGGUCAGAUCACCAUUGAGAAGACUCCUGGCUAUUACAUAACAGAAGAAGCACCUGAGCGGAUACACAAGCUGGGCAAAGAUAUCAAACUCAUCGUCGUCGUACGCGACCCUGUCAUCCGUGCAAUAUCCGACUAUGCCCAAUCCAUAGCAACGGGGCGAAGAAAAGAGAAUGAAUUUGAGAGGUUGGCAGUCCCUGAUCCGCAAACGGGGGUUGUAGAUGACAAUUAUUAUGCUCUCAUGGUAGGUAGGUACGCCGACCACUUAGAACGUUGGUUCAAAUACUUUCCACGAUCACAAUUCCUUUUCAUCAAUGGUGACGAGAUGAUAAAGAACCCUGUGCCGCAGCUCAUCAAAUUGCAAGAAUUCCUCAAAAUAGAUAAGGUCAUUGAUGAGAAAUACUUCAUCUUUAAUUCCACCAAAGGGUUCUACUGCGUGAAGAAAGCAGUGGAGGACACGGACGCGAACUGUCUAGGGGACACCAAGGGGAGGGAGCACCCCCAGAUAUCGCCCUCUAUAAUAUAUAAAGUCUAUAAAUAUUUCAAGCCCCACAAUGAAAGGUUCUAUUCCAUGAUAGGGCAGAAUUUUCACUGGGGCGAUGAAACGAGAAGGUAAUACAGGCUGGAGAGUGCAGACAGACAGAGUUUAGUCAAAAUAUUAAUUAUAUCUUAACGCAAAAUAGUUUUUUUUAAAUUGUUGAAUGGCAAUGCCUCCUUCAUAUGCAUGUAUUUGCGUGUGGGAGCAGUGUGACCUAGUGGUUCAUUCAUUAAGCUUUCAAUUUAGACCUGUAGGGUUCAAAUCUCUGCCUGAUGCUUGCAUGCCCCGAGAUGAGGCAAUGUAUCUACAUUACGAUUUAUACCUUGUAAUAGGAGAACUGAAGCCAAUUAUUGAGAAUAAAUUAGCACAGAGACAUUGUUUCAAUGUAUUGUGCUAUACCAAGAUUAAUUUUAUUGAAAUUAUGAUUGUUUUGAUUUUACAUGCAUGAUAAUUGCGCAGUACAUUCCAUCUCACGUUUUUGUCUACCGGUAUGUUGAUUACAUUUGCUAAAUAUUUACAUAUUGCUAAAUGCUGUGUUACAAGUAUAAAGAUAUCAAAAAUGUAUUGCCAGUCACUUAUGUGUCGACCAAGAGUGAGUUUACAGAUAUAUACCGUAGUAUAAAUGUCGUCUACUUUUUCUUUGUUCCCUUUAUUGUUACAUUAAAUUCCUCAUCACAUUCUUUACUCGGGUAAUCUUGAGUUCUGGCAGUGGUAGAAAAGAAGACAUCAAAACUUACUUCUGGUAUUCCAAAUGUUCAAGACAAUAAAUAAAGGAUAUCUGCCUAACAAUUUUGAUGAUUGUAAGAUAAAUAAAUCAAGUAAAAAGUAUGGCCCUUCAUGGAUGUUGUCAGCUUAGAUAUAGUUCUUGAACGAUAAUAUUUAGUUGAAGAAUGGGUCUCAACUUUAAAAAGCUCUACCAAUCAAAGUUCUAUGUCAAUGCGAACUAGAGUUGCUCUCAAUAUUUUG